CUGGAGUUGCUCCACAACCCCUCUUGGGCAGCAGGAUGGAGAAGUCCAGGCAAAGCUUUGCCAGUGUCCUGCUGGUGGUGCUGUGGGUGGGGAUGUGCCUGGCUCAGCACUGGUCCUUUGGGCUGCAGCCAGGAGGGAAGAGGAGCACUGAGGGCUCAUUCCAACAGAUUGCAAAGGAAAUGGAGAAACUGGGAGAGGUGCAGCAGCCCGAGUGCCCUGGAUCAUCCCAGCAUUCCAGGCUCAGGGAUCUGAAGGAAGCCAUGGAAAACCUGAUGGAAGGGGAAGGAAGAAGAAAGGUUUAAAACCCAAAUGGAUUUAAAAAUCCACAAUAAGGUUUUCAAAGCUGGGUCAAACCCAGCUCCUCUUCACGUGGUCUCUGCUUGGGUCAUUACGUGAAUAAAUGCUGUGAAGUUGCAUU